AGGCAGCGGGAGGGUGUCAUGGCAGCCGGCGCCGCGAGCGAGAAGCUGAGUGUCGCUGAGAUUUUCAGCACCAUGAGCUAUGGACCGGCCCCCGAGACCCCCAAGAACGCCCAGGCCUGGCUGGAUUAUCACAAACGAUGCUUUGGUCAUUUCAUUGGAGGCAAAUGGGUGAAGCCUGAAAACCGUAAAUUCUCCACAUCAAAAAACCCUGCUACAGGGGAAUCUUUGGCCGACACUGUUGAAGGUGAGGAAGCAGAUAUAGAGCUGGCGGUGAAAGUUGCAAAGAAAGCUUUUGAGUCCUGGAGUAAGCUGCCUUGUCACGUGCGAGCAAGACAUCUGUACAGUGUUGCCAGAAAUGUUCAGAAGCACCAGAGACUAUUGAGCGUGCUGGAGAGCUUAGACAAUGGAAAGCCAAUCCGUGAAUCACGAGACUGUGAUGUCCCGUUGGUAGUGCGACACUUCUAUCACCAUGCUGGCUGGGCACAGCUGAUGGACGUUGAAAUGAAGAACUGGAAGCCAGUAGGUGUUGUUGCAGCGAUUGUUCCGUGGAACUUCCCUUUGAUGUUGCUGACGUGGAAAAUUUGUCCAGCUCUCGCUAUGGGUAACACGGUAGUAUUGAAACCUGCCUCAUAUACCCGACUCACUGCCCUACUGUUUGCUGAGAUCUGUGCAGAGGCCGGCCUCCCACCCGGUGUGUUCAACGUGGUGACCGGAAAUGGAGCAUUUGGCAGCAAACUGGCGAUGCAUCAAGAUGUGGACAAGGUCGCUUUCACUGGCUCCACCACGGUCGGCCAGCUGCUCCGUCGAUCUACAGCUGGCACUGGCAAGAAACUAUCACUGGAACUUGGUGGGAAAUCUCCUUUCAUCGUGUUUGAUACGGCUGAUUUGGACAGUGUGGUGGAAGGCCUUGUGGAUGCAAUUUGGUUCAAUCAAGGGCAGGUUUGCAGUGCUGGUUCUAGACUGUUAAUGCAGGAAUCAAUUGCUGACAAGCUAAUUGAGCAGCUAAAGCAGCGGAUGCAACGCCUGCGUGUAGGGGACAGCCUGGACAAGGGCGUUGACAUGGGCGCAUUGGUGGAUGAAUCACAGAAGAAGACGAUUAUGGAAUAUGUAGAGCAGGCGAGGAGUGAAGGAGCAGAGGUGUACCAGAUGUGUGAAGGAAUGCCUCAGAAAGGUAUCUUCUACCCACCCACACUCAUCACCCACGUGAACACAGUCUCCCGUGUUGUCCGUGAAGAGAUUUUUGGACCAGUUUUGGUAGCUCUGACGUUCCGAACAGCAAAGGAGGCUAUUGCUUUGGCAAACAACUCACCGUAUGGACUUGCUGGCAGUGUCUGGACUGAAAACCUGCCAUUGGCACUUGAGGUGGCAAUGAGUUUGAAGGCAGGAGCAGUCUGGGUGAACGGGCACAACAUGUUUGAUGCUGCAGCUGGCUUUGGUGGGUACAAAGAAAGUGGAUUUGGACGGGAUGGUGGAAAAGAGGGCUUGUAUGAGUAUGUGCGGCCCACCUGGGAGGAACGACCCCACCCAAAUCCAGGAGAAAUCCAGUAUAAUACAUACGCAGCCGCACAUGGAGCAGAUCUUUCACCAAUACCAGGUCAAAUGGCAAAACCCAAACUAGUCCGGGCUGAUGCGGUUCCGAGCAUUGACCGUACAUACAAACUGUACUAUGGAGGUGCUCAGAAGAGGCCUUACAGCAUGUACUCGCGGCCCAUAUUCGACCACUGUGGCAAGGCUCUUGCCUAUGUCAGUGAUUGUAACCGGAAAGAUGUCCGGAAUGCAGUUGAGGCUGCUCACGCUGGAGCACCGGGCUGGGGGAAGCGAGCUGCCCAUAACAGGGCUCAGAUUGUUUACUACAUGGCAGAGAACCUAGAGCAGCGACGGGAAGAGAUGGCACAAAACCUUAGCACACUGACUGGUGUCAAUAUGGAGGAAGCUCUCUGUGAAGUGGAUGCCUGCAUUGAGAGACUUUUUUACUGGGGUGCUUAUUGUGACAAAUUUGGAGGCACUGUCCAGGAAACCCAGCUUUAUGGUGCCACAGUCAUGGUUCGGGAGCCGGUCGGGGUGAUUGCCAUUGCGUGCCCAGAUGAGAACCCCCUGCUCAGUUUUGUGAGUCUCUUUGCUCCAGCCAUUGUUCGAGGAAAUGCUGUCAUCAUUGUCCCCAGUGAGAGGUACCCACUGCCAGCCUUGGAACUUUAUCAGGUCUUUGAAACCUCAGAUCUUCCUGCCGGGGUUGUGAAUAUUCUGACCGGAUGCCGAGAUCACCUCAGUAAAUUCCUAGUUGAGCAUCAAGAUGUUCAAGCCAUGUGGUAUUUCGGAUCUGAAAAGGGGUCAAAGUUUGUUGAGUGGUCAUCAGCUGAAAAUGUAAAGCGGACCUGGGUGAACUAUGGUGUCCAGCGAAACUGGUGGAAUCCUCAGCAGGGUGCUGGCGAAGAAUUUCUAUACCAAGCCACACAGUGCAAGAACAUCUGGAUUCCUAUGGGAGAAAUUUUUGCCAACUAGAGACAGCUGAUCCAGAGUUAACAGACUGCAGCGCUUUUAGAGUAUAUUUUUCCUUCAGGAAGGGGUCAAUCAAUGAUUUUCAAGAAAGGAGUUCUGUUGAGCUAAAUACACGUGCCUUUUCCGUUGUAAUACGGGUUUUGAGUUCGACGAUAAACAGCAAUGGUUUCCAAUCUAAUUGAUCAUGGAUCUGACCUGUUCUUUGUCUUGGGUUGGCGGCAUGUCUGAUAAAUGGGAAAUAUUAAUCAGUAGCUAUCAGCAAAAUCAAAGACCGAAUGGCUAUACAUUCUAGAUUUCAGCGUUGCACAAGUUGAGGAUCAGAAAUGGAGUGCAACUUAAAUGAAAAUGAAUGAGUUUAUCUUCCAUUGUAGCUCAUUGCAGUGUUGACCAACAAAAAUCGAACUGGAUUUCCCAUUUUGUUCCGUCUUUGAUUUUAUCAUUCUAUAAAGAGCUGACUGCCAACAUA